UGCCCCAACAGCACAGCAAGCGCAAAGAGUAAAGCUCCCUCCUCAUCAGAGCUCACUCACUAGAGAAAGAAAGAAAAAGGGCAGAGGGCCAGCCAGGCCACCGCGGGUAGCUAGCACCCGCCGCCAAGCAAAGCAAACACCACCACCACCCCCGCCGCUCUUCCUGCAAAUGAGCAUGAGCACGCCCAACUCGUGGCUCUUCGCCUCGGACAACUCGCGCUACAGCACCCGCGCGCGGCUGCUCUUCAUGGGGCUCUCCUUCGCCAUCGGCAUCCUCACGUUCCUCCUCUACCUCGCCAUCUGGUACAUCUGCAGCAGCCGGCGCCGCCUGCUCCUCCGCGGCCGCGGCCGCGGCAGCCAUCCGUCCGCGCCCGGGAUCGGCGCGGCGGAAGAGGAGGGGGACCGCGGCAUGAGCGCGGCCGCGAUCGCCGCGCUGCCCACGUUCGCGCACGCCGGCGGGGCGGCGCUCGACUGCCCCGUGUGCCUCGCGCAGGUGGAGGCCGGCGAGAAGCUGCGGCGGCUGCCCAAGUGCGCGCACUCGUUCCACGCCGACUGCGUCGACGCCUGGCUCCGAGCGCACUCCACCUGCCCCAUGUGCCGCGCCGCCGUCCUCGUCGGCCCCGCCGCGGCCGCCGCCGCCGCCGCCGCCACCAAGCAGCCCGACCCCGCCGCCGCCGCCGCGGAGGCGCUGCCGCCACCCGUGUAGUAGUGUGCGGCCGGCGUACUGGCUCGGAAUGCUGACCGCCAUGCAUGCAUGAUUGGAGAACAGCAACGCGCGCGCGCGAGCUACAACAGAGACAGACUGCUACUACCUUAGCUAGUAGGGUGGUAACGUACUACUAGGAUCAUGUCAUCAUCGCCAUCAUUAAUUCAUUAUUAUUAUUAUAUUAGUUUAAUCAA